GUAGUUAGCAAUACCAAAGGCAACCGGUUGUGCGUGCAGUAACACAGUAUUCGCUGUCGAUGGUUCAGACAUCGCCAUAGUUGGUCUAUAUAUAAGUUAAGUUGCUGGUAGCAUGGAGGAAUAAGAACAUUCCUCCAUGCUGGUAGUGUCUUGCCAUAGUUGGUCUAUAUAUAAGUUAAGUUGAUGGUAGUGUCUUCCUAUAUUGACUACUCAAUAUAGUCACUAUAAUUGAUUACUCAAUAGACACUUCUUUGUUAAGCUGCUGUGGAUUGUAUUAUUCAGACACUACGUGAAUUGAUCUUUUUAUUAUGCCAUGCACCAUCAAGCAAGACGGCCGGGUAUACAGUCACAGUGCAGAAACGGACGGGUGAGAAUUUCACGCGAGAAUUUCAGGCGAUUCAACUCAAUUCUUUCGUCUGCAUUCUGUUUUGAUCCCACCAGAGGUUGAUAUACGGGCCCUAGUGCAGGUUGGGUCAGUGUGGCAUUGACGUUCAGGGCAAAAUUUGGUCCGUAGAACCUGACAGGAGAACUUAAUGACGUCCCCAAGUGCAUGCAUACGGAGGGUAACGGCGGAAGAAGUUCACCAAGCUUGGCUACUGCAAGCCCAAGGGGCGUCAUCUACUGGAGGGGUCACUCAGUGUGCAGUUCGUGUUGGCCAACUCUUCGGUUCAGAAAAUAAUGAUGACACGCUGCCGGAAGAGGAAUAUGAAUUACGACAGCGGGAAGCGCCAGACCUGUUCUGGGGUUAUUUUGAAAACGGUCGUUUAAUUGGCUUUGCCAGUGCCAGUUUGACCUCUGAGAGUAAAGUGACCGCCCGAGCAAGGCUGGCCCAUGAUCCUGAUGGCUCUACCGUGUGCUUAAACACGCUGCGUGUUCACCCAGAUUAUCACGGAAAGGGCAUUGAGACUGUUUUGAUUGACCACCUCCUCUGGUAUGUGGAGGAAAACUUGAAGAACGUGAAUCAAGUCUCCCUGGUAUGCAGAGACACCCUGAUACAGUUCUACGAAGGACUUCACUUCCGAUGUCUGGGACCUUCGAUGGUGAGCCUAGGGGUUAGUUCCAAGCAGUGGUUUGACAUGGAGUACAAGAUGUCACAUGAGAACACAGGUUUUGCAUAAUCGUCACCUGAUGCCGUCUUGCCCGUGCGCCUUACGUUUUUCGUCGGGUACCCUGGUCCAUGUAGAUACUAAUAUUGCUAAAAAAAAAAAAAGAUAAGUGCGUCACCUGCAUUGAGUUUGUGUGUUCAUGUACAUGCAUCUUGUACAUGUAAACUAUCUGCAUUUAUCGGUCUCCUUGGAGGUUUACCUGACUAAAUUCAAUAAAGAAUGAAUAUAGAAGAGGCUUAAUAGUACGAUCAACUGCAGAACAAAAGCACCUGCACCUCAAGGAUGUCUGCCAUGCAAAGAUUUAUUGGCUUUAUCCACAAGAUGGCCAUUGUACAUGUAUAUCGUCCUUCCAAGCACCAACGAGUGUGCGCUAGGUUACCACGUUAAUAUAAUACCAAUUGCAAACCUUGCUGCGUCCCCCCCCCCCUUUUUUUUGCAAUUUGGAAAAAAGUAAGAUGCUGUUUCAUCCUUCUUUUGGAAAGUUUGCAUCACCACACUGAGUAGAUUAUUGAGCAGAUGACUCUUUAUGAUUUUUGCGGUGAUUCAACCGAAGAUCUUUAUUGUCAUUCUUUCAAAAAAUAUUGUUUAACCUCCAGAUGAUCCAUCUGGGUUUUUUUGCUUUGUAUAGAAGAGUAGAUGGAAUAGGUAAUGGUGGGUACUUUGUAUUAUACCGAUGUAUACUGUAAAUAAGUGUAUUCAAAAUCAUCGAGGUCCGUAUUUAUUUUGUAUCCCAUGCAUAUUUUAUGAAUACAUGUAUUUCCAAUUUACAGAAUUCUGUUUUGUUACCUGCAAGGACCAUCGCAUGUUGGAACCUGGUGCAAAUUUCAAACAGAUGCUACACAAACAAAACAAUUUGCUUAGCACUGAAAGUAUUUGCUUAGCAGCAAAUGGUAGCCAACAAAAAUGUAAUGUGGUGUGAACCGUGCACUGGGUAACUUUGGCACCCUGGGUAACUUUGGCACCCCGGGUAACUUUGGCACCCCGGGUAACUUUGGCAGAAGCCUAACCCGGUGCUGCAAAAUGGUAGCCAACCAAAUUGUGGUCAUGUGGUGUGAACCGUAAGCUGGAGUAACUUUGGCACCCUGGGUAACUUUGACACUCUGUGUAAAUUUGGCAGAAACUUUACCCCGUACUGCAAAUGGUAGCCAACCAAAAUGUCAUACGGUGUGUACCGUAAGCUGGGGUAACUUUGGCACCCUGGUUAACUUUAGCACCCUGGGUACCCUUGGCACCCUUGGCACCCUGGGUAACUUUGACACCCUGGGUAACUUUGACGGAAGCCUUACCCCGUAUACUGCAUUAGUAUUGCGCGGGAUUACUGACAAUUUUAAAAGAAAAUUAAUUCCGUAAAAAGUCAUUUCCUAAAAAGAAUAUUUCGGUUUUGGAUGGUUUGUUUUUUGUUUCCUUUAAUAAGUUAAUUAAUUUGUUUUUGCCAGUAGUGUAAAUCCGUUUCGGGCAGUGGGGAGGACCUUUAAAGUAAAGACCUUAGUUUGAACUUUAUUCUUCACAGAAAAAAAAAUGAAAAUCGAGAGAACAUUACCCUGCACCAGUUUCAUACCAAAGGCUCUUAUUACAGAAGAACUGGCAUGGCUCAAUAACACAAGAUGUAGGCCUACGGAGCUUCUCCUUUGUGGUACUUUUUUUUCGCAAGAUUUUUUUUCAGUGAAUGAUAUGUAGGCCCUAUCUCCCCAAAAACUCUCCGGAAUUUUCGACAAUGAUUUAAUUACUACCCUAUCAAUAACCAUGCAAGAGCAUUGUUAUUAGACAAUUGAAUUAAAAUCAAUUAGAUAAGGGAAAACACGACUGCACAGUGUACAUGUUUUGAACACCUGUUCUUUGCCAAAGCAACAGGCGGAAUGAUGCCACGAUCUAGGCACAUCCAUUAUACAAACAUUAAAGCAAACACAAUAGAUGCAACUGCAUGGACAAAAAUCGAAAUUGAAUUUAAAAAAAUAACAAUCGAUACAAAACAUUAUUAGGCACAAGCCUGGGCCAAAAUCAGGGAAAAGGUAAUUAAUAUCUCAAUUGUCUCGCUUCGCAUUACUCAUAUUUAACACUUUCACAAAAAGACAAUGCCGUUUCACUCUGGCCAUAAAACCUUAGUUUAUUAAGAGCGAUAAUUUUCAAACAAUGACACCCAAAUAACAAUUUAAAGACAAAUUCAGGACAGUCUCUGUUAAGUUCGUUGUUACCCUGGGUAACUUUGACGGAAGCCUUACCCCGUAUACUGCAUUAGUAUUGCGCGGGAUUACUGACAAUUUAAAAGAAAAUUAAUUCCGUAAAAGUCAUUUCCUUAAAAGAAUAUUUCGGUUUUGGAUGGUUUGUUUUUUGUUUCCUUUAAUAAGUUAAUUAAUUUGUUUUUGCCAGUGGUGUAAAUCCGUUUCGGGCAGUGGGGAGGACCUAUAAAGUAAAGACCUUAGUUUGAACUUUAUUCUUCACAGAAAAAAAAAUGAAAAUCGAGAGAACAUUACCCUGCACCAGUUUUAUACCAAAGGCUCUUAUUACAGAAGAACUGACAUGGCUCAAUAACACAAGAUGUACGGAGCUUCCCCUUUGUGGUACUUUUUUUCGCAAGAUUUUUUUUCUGUGAAUGAUAUGUAGGCCCUUUCUCCCCAAAAACUCUCCGGGAUUUUCGACAAUGAUUUAACUACUACCCUAUCAAUAACCAUGCAAGAGCAUUGUUAUUAGACAAUUGAUUUAAAUUCAAUUAGAUAAGGGAAAACACGACUGCACAGUGUACAUGUAUUGAACAACUGUUCUUUGCCAAACCAACAGGAGGAAUGAUGCCACGAUCUAGGCACAUGUCCAUUAUACAAACAUUAAAGCAAACAUUACAGCAAACAGUUGCACGGACACGAAUCGAAGUUCAAUUAAAACAAAAUAAUAAUCGAUACAAAACAUUUUUAAAAAAUGUACAUUUGUAAUUCUUGCGGGAGAACAUUUUGCAAUAAAUCGAAUAGGAGAACGUUGUCACGAGUGCCAGUGCGAGUACAUGUAAUGUUUUUCUAUUGAGUACGAGUGCGAGUACAGAUUCAUGAGUACGAGUACCAAAAAGUACAGUGCCAAAAAGUACGAGUACCAAAAAGUGCGAGUACCAAAAAGUGCGAGUACCAAAAAGUGCGAGUACCAGAAAGUGCGAGUACCAGAAAGUGCAAGUACCAGAAAGAGCGAGUACCAGAAAGAGCGAGUACCAAAAAGUACGAGUACCAAAAAGUACGAGUACCAAAAAGUACGAGUACCAAGUACAAGUACCAAAAAUUGCGAGUAUGAGUACGUACUCUAUACAACACUGCACUGAAAUGAGACUGAUUUUCCUAUUAAAUGAACCUUUUAGAGUAUUAGGCAGCGGGUCACUUUGACGAAGUGUUUUAGGCAUUCAAAUUCUACUGAGUAAGGACAGCUUGCUGAGCAAAGGGGAUUACAAUCCAAAGUGUCAAAAGAUGUGUAUCGAUUUUUAUUUUUUUUAUCAGUUUUAACUAGGGAGAGCCGUUUUAGUUUGCUGAGCAGAAGUUUCUGCUCGCUUAUUUUAGAUAAACGAAGUUGAGCCUUUGACACAUUAAAGCGGUUGCUAUUUAGACAUAUUAUUCCGUGGUGCAAAUAUAUACAGUUUAAAUCAAUUGUGUUAUUUCUUUGUUUACGUUUGCAAAGCUCCUUUUUUUCAGGGUUUAAGUGAAAGUGCAUUUCAAUCCCAUUUAGAUAAUUUGUGGCUUAAUUUUAUUAUACGUUUUCGAAUUAAUGUUCAAGUUUUGUAAAGUUCAAUUUUUGGUUGCUUUUGAAAAGUUUGAAUAGACAGUACAAGGAGUUUAUUGUUUUUCGUGGUGCAGGUAAUAAAUUGUAUUUUACUUUAACAGGAA